CCGGCAGCAUUUGCAGCUAGCUGCAUGCGCUGCGCGAUAUUGCACGCACAUGUGCUAAGGAGGGGCGAGCGACAUUUUCGCAGAUAAAUUUCCAAAUCCAGUUUUUAUCGUCUAUAUUUUUCUCCAGGACUUUUCAAUAUUGCUGCUGACCACUGGUUGUUGAGGGUGUUGUCUCUUCGGUAAUUAGAUUUGCAGCCCCGCAAAAUGGAUCACCAACUUGUCACCAUUCUUCAGGCAACAGUUACGACGACAGACACCCAUCAGCUGGAACUUGCCCAGCAGGCAUUGGAGAAAGCCGCGCAGGAUAACUUUCCGGAGUACCUCCAAGCCCUAGCCACAGCGUUGGCCCAUGUCGAAAAUGAUGCUGUCACCCGCAUGGCGGCAGGCCUCCAGCUGAAAAAUGCCCUGACGUCCAAGUCGCCGGACAUGCGGCUUCAGUACCACCAGCGGUGGCUGCAGCUUGACAUCAGUCUGAGGUCACACAUCAAACAGUUGGUUCUGCAUGCUCUCGGAACAGAGACUCAUUCCACGAAAGCUGCUGCACAGUGUGUUGCUUCCAUUGCUUGCACGGAGAUCCCGGUCCAGCAGUGGCCCGAUCUCAUACCCCAGCUUCUGAACAACGUCACUGCCAACACCAGCACAGAGGCACUGCGAGAGUCUACCCUGGAAGCCAUUGGAUACAUCUGCCAAGACAUCGAACCGGAACACUUAGAAGCGUGGAGUAAUGAGAUACUGACAGCAAUAAUCCAAGGGAUGAGGCUGGAAGAACAAAGCUUUACCGUGAAGUUGGCAGCCACAAACGCCCUGCUCAAUUCGCUAGAAUUCACCAAAGCAAACUUUGACAAAGAGAAAGAGCGGCACUUCAUCAUGCAGGUAGUUUGCGAGGCCACGCAGUGCAAAAAUGUGCAAGUCCAGGUGGCGGCUCUGCAGUGUCUGGUCAAAAUCGUAUCCCUCUACUACCAGCAUAUGGAGCCCUACAUGGGACCUGCACUGUUCUCUAUAACGAUUGAAGCCAUGAAGAGUAGCUAUGAUGAGAUUGCUCUCCAGGGCAUCGAAUUCUGGUCCAACGUCUGUGACGAGGAGAUGGACCUGGCCAUAGAAGCCUCAGAGGCACACGAACAGGGCCGAACCCCAGAGCACAUCAGCAGGUUUUACGCCAAAGGGGCCCUGAUGUACCUGGUGCCCAUCCUGACCUUGCUGCUCACCAAGCAGGAGGAGUUUGACGACGAGGACGACUGGAACCCCUGCAAGGCGGCCGGUGUCUGCCUGAUGCUACUGGCCAACUGCUGCGAGAAUGACAUCGUGCCCCUCGUCAAGCCGUUCAUCAAGGACAACAUCUGCAGCACUGACUGGAAGUUCAGAGACGCUGCCGUCAUGAGCUUUGGCUCGAUCCUGGAAGGUCCCGACCCGGACGCCUUGAAGCCCCACGUCGCCCAGCAUGCUGAGCAGCUUAUCCUGUUGCUGAACGACAAGAGCGUGGUGGUGCGGGACACGGUGGCCUGGACGCUUGGCCGCAUCUGUGAGCUCUUGCCAGAGACAGUGCUGAAUGACGUGGUCUUCCCCACCCUGCUACAGGCCCUAGUCCAGAGCUUGGACUCGGAGCCACGGGUCGCAGCCAACAUAUGCUGGGCAUUUUCUAGUUUGGCCGAGUCGGCGUAUGAAACGGCCACUCGUGUUGGGACUGACGAAGGAGAUCCGGAGACAUACUGCCUGUCACCGAAUUUCGGAGCGAUUGCAGAUAAACUCCUCACCACAGCAGACAGGGGAGAUGCUCACCAAGCCAACCUGAGAAAUGCUGCCUAUGAAGCCUUGAUGGAGCUAAUGAAGAACAGUGCCCAGGAUUGUUACCCAAUUGUACAGUCUGUGACGAAAAUCAUCAUGGAAAGAAUCAAAGUAAUCCUACAGAUGGAGUCACAAUUGCAGUCUGCCUCGGACCGUAUCCAGUACAACGACCUACAGUCUCUACUCUGUGCCACGUUACAGAGCGUCCUCCGGAAGAUGAAGCUGGAGGACGCCCAGGCCAUCUCGGACGACAUCAUGACGCUACUCCUGCAGAUGUUCAACGCGGGCAACAUGAAGUCCGGGGGAGUGCGGGAAGAUGCGCUGCUGGCGGUGGGCACUCUCGUUGAAGUCCUAGGCAUUGACUUCCUCAAGUACCUGGAGGUCUUCCAGAUGCACCUUUACUUCGGACUAGAGAACGCUGUUGAAUAUCAGGUCUGCCUCGCCGCCGUGGGUCUUGUUGGGGAUCUGUGCCGGGCCUUGAAUGCGCACAUCACUCCAUGCUGCGACGAUAUAAUGCACCGCCUUUUCACAAACCUGAGGAAUGAACAAGUACACCGCACAGUCAAGCCUCAGAUAUUGUCUGUGUUUGGUGACAUUGCGCUGGCGAUUGGCAGUGAGUUCAAGAAGUACCUCCUGUUGGUCCUGGAGACACUCCAGCAAGCUAGCCAGACAAAAGUAGACAAGACUGAUUACGACAUGGUUGACUGUUUAAACGAGCUGAGGGAAGGAUGUCUUGAGGCCUACACUGGCAUUAUUCAAGGUCUGAAGGGGGAAGAUGACUCUGUCAAUCCUGGGCUUGAGAUGGUGCUUACCCACGUGCCUUUCAUCGUCUCGUUCAUCGAAGAGAUCGCAAAUGACGAUGACCACACAGAUGGUAAUGUCGCUGCUUGUGCUGGUCUCAUCGGUGACCUGUGUACAAUCUUCAAGAAUCACGUUGCUGAGCUCAUGGACCGGCCCUUGGUCCAGGAAAUCCUGACAGAGGGGCGGCGGUCGAAGGUCGCCAAGACCAAGUCGCUGGCAUUCUGGGCCUCCAAGGCUAUCCGCAAAGCCAAGAACCCCCAGCAGUGAGAGAACUGAGCUUGGGCCACUAGACGCUGUGUACUCCAUUUCCUAGUGACAGCCAGGCUCAGAUGCAACCCGGAACAUCGUAAUUUCACACCACAUCGGUCCUGGCUGUGCAGGGGAACGCGCAUCGCCGGACAGUCAAUCGUGCGAUAUGUGUCGAGUAGAGAUGUGUACAAGGGGUGAGUGAGUGAGAUGACUGUGAUGAGUUGGGCUUUAUGAGAAGAGGUGCGAGUUUUGUUUGUAUGUUUGUUGAUUUGUUUGUUAAGUUUAUUUGAAUUUCUUGAUCUCAGAUCAUUUCGUGCGAGUGCAAUGGGUACUCUUUUGUUGACAGUGAGAGUUUAUAUUAAUUUGACUGGGAUUUUUUUGACAAAUAUCGUAAGUCCUUUCAGCUUUUCAUUUUCUAUCUCAAAAGUGACAGCCUUUACUAGCAUUUCUUGAAAUGUUGCCCGUUCUGGUAUCAUAGUGUCAGGGUUCAAGGGUCACUGCCAUGGCACCAAGGUCACACCCUCACCUCUUUUGAACAUGACCUCGUGUGUCCAAUUUUUUUUUUGCUUGAAAGUACCAUUACAGUUACUCAAAUCAUUGAUUGGGAACAGUGGUCAUGCUUUUCGAGCUGGUAAAAUGCACUCAGUGUGAAGAAAUGUGGGGCCCGACAUCGAGAAUGCAGUACUGCAUUGAUGAAAUGUGUGAUGCAUCUUGGAAAGGUCCAGAUAUCUUCCUGUGUGACAGGCGGUGCCACAUAGCGUGACAGAGAAUGUGCAGAGAACGAAGGUGUCGUUCUGAGAAGAAAGAAUGGAAAACAAUGAUUUUCACCUCGUGUUGAGCCGUUCAAAAAGACUUUUGAGAUGCUCAUUUGAGGAGGGGUUUUUUAAAUGAGGGAAAAUUUAGUAUUUUCUCUCAAAUUUGCUGGACUUCACAAUGCUUCUGCUGGAAAAUCAUUCUGAAAGCAAUUUAAUCGUAUGUCUGCGCGUUUUUGCCUUGCGUUCAUCCAGUAUGCAUUUUGAUGACAAGAGUUGAUGGCAAGAAAAUUUACUUAAAGGUGUGAGGACUUUACUGUAACAAAUCAAACCAGACAUUGCUUGUCCCUACUAAAUGUUAAUCAGUUGACAAAUGAAUUGAGAUUUAUAAGUCAUUUUUAUUGUUUUUGUUGCUUUUUGCAAUAUGGCCGCCAUCUCACAAACCCUUUUCACCUCUUAUUUGUAGCAUAAGCAGUGACAGAUUGUGCUGAAGAAGUGUGUCCACUUUGUAGUUAAAAUGGCUGAAAAGACCAACUAUUGUAGCUUAGUGGUUGUUUUCCGCAUUGUGCCGGGUCAAUGCGUGUUGUGAGAGCCCAUGGAUCAGCAUGAUAUUUUGCACAUGUGUUUUGUGUGUGACUGUUGUGUAAAAAUGACGAGGCUCAAAUGCAGAAAUAUUGCAGACUACUGCACCUGUACAUGACAAAUUCUUUGUGGGAUCUGGCAGCUAUUGGUUGCUACAGUCAGUUUGGCUUUGAUGUGAUCAAUGUGCGUUGUCGUUACUAUUGCCAACAUUAUGCACCGUUUCAAGAUGCAGACAGUCGCGGAAUAUUUUUGACUUCAUUCAACAAAACAUGGAAGAAAAAAAUGGACUCGGAAUCUGCAAAGAUUUCUGUAUGAGGGGUCUUUUGUUUCAUUUUUAUGCCAUUGCUUAAAGCCAAAAUGGUACUUCAAUUUAUCGAAUUCCAUUCACGGUCAGAUAAUUUGUUGACAAUAGCAAAACUACACGAGCUGGAAAUUGCUGACUUGAGAUUUCGCCCUAAUUAGCUGAUACCAACAAAGAACAUGUCUGGGGAAUUCAAAUAUAAAUGCGUCAGGAUACCAGACAUGGAAUUGCAUAUUCUGUGGCUAUGGCUUCAAUUGUUGCCAUUGACGUACUACAGUGAAUAUCCGUAGCCCUAGUCAACAAUGCCCUAUCUGGACACGGCCUAACUUCCAACUGACUUUUGAAGGUACCCACGUUUUACAUGCAGUGCAUGAGAGGGUAUUCCUGAAAUUCCUCUUUAAAACAAUAGAUUCGCAGUGUUUCACCUUCGAAAUAUAUUGACUGUAGUCUGCUAUUAUAGUGUGUGAUUAACAUCCAUCCUAUAAGCAGGGUUGUCAUGGGAACAAAACCAUCUCAUAAAAAAAGUUGUGAAAAGGGAUCAAAAGGAUGAAAUGUUUGAGAAGUCUUGGAAUUUUCAUGCAGGGCUCCCUUCCAUGAGUUGCAGUGACUUUUGGCUUGUGCUGUUUGUUUUACUGGGAAAUGUGUGACUCCCCCAAAGUUUGCAUCAGAAAAGGCAAGCCUAGCUGUUCGUGUUGAUAUGUCACUCACUGUGGCAUCCUGGUGCGGGGCAGGAACUUCACGGAGGCGGUUGCCUCGAGGUUCCUGAUCUUUGCCUCGUUACCCAUUGAAAUGCCCUCAUAGGCAAGUUGAUUUUGUAAUACAAGUGCCCUUUGCGAAUGAGAAAUUGCCUUGACCUUUCAAGAACGAAGUUCCUGCCCUGUUGAUGUGAAAAUGGCCAUAUUGUGGGUGAAAAAAAGUCGAUGGGUCCUAUUGGUUCCCAUGGCGCAAGAUUCGAGGGACUGGCGACUUGCAGCUCAAUUUGGGUAAAUGGUCCGUGCUUUCACACAGAGUAGGUCACAUUUUGAAUUCUAAAAAUGCCACAAACGAAUGCAUGUUGGUGUAUGGCUUUUGUCGGAGAUUGCAUUUGUAGCACCGAAAAAAUAUUAAAUGUAUGCUCUUGUCACGUAGAUGAAAGUAGUACGGUAUUUUCUUCAGAUGCCUCGUUUCAGAAAGCAGUAUAUACAUAAACAUGUGCGUUCAUUGAGCUGGCCAUUUCGGCUUACAUGUAUACUAUAAAGCAAAAAGGGACUGAUACUCAGGUGGUUGAAGACUUUUGGAUAGUCUUCCUACAUUUGCAGUACGUGUAUACGCUUCUUGCCAGUGGCUGUUGAAUUAAACAAUGCCAAGAUCUUUUUUUUAUUACCAAGUCAGUCUCUUUCUACAUGCUUCCAUAUCCUACUGCCUUACAGUGUUGUAGUCCGAGUCAAGACAAUCGUAAGACCAGUCACAAUGCCAGUCACGAGUUCGAUGGUGAACAGUUACACGGGACUGCUUUUGUUGCAGUUCAGUUGAAUACCUUUGUGACUUGCCCUUUGCUCUUGUGAUGGUCUUUUGCUGGUCUUAAGAGGCCUCGACAUCAACGCUGCUGCCUUAUAAUUCUCUCAGUGGUGAGAGGGCUGUAGUGUGUGCCAGACGGGGAGAGGGAGGGGGUCAGAGAUACAGUGUGAGAUAUACAGAGUGUUUGUGUGUGGUUAAAUAGGUUAAAAGAAUGAAAAAUAUGCAAAUUUUUGGUGUUUAACUAGUUUAUAUUAAGUAUGAAGGUAUGGCUUUUAAGUGGUGCAAUGUGAGAGUAUCUCAGUACUUAUAUGCUGAGUUUAUUUAUCAUGUGAGUGAGUGAGCAAUUUUUUUCUGAGUGACAAGCGGGUGUGCUUGAGGUUUGUGUGUGAAAAUGAGUAUGAGGUAUUGUGUGAAACUGUCGAUUAUAUCAUAAAAAAAUUAAAAAAAAUAAAAAGUUCUAUACUCAAAACGGUGAAUUUUUUGUUACGUUUUCUUAAAUAGUUGCAGCCACAAAACAACAUGUUAUUACUUUUGUUCUUCAAUUUUCCCACUUUUCCCCUCUUAGGUAGCCUAUCGAGGGUAAUUUUAGAAUGGGGAAAAACUGCAUUUGUCUGUUAUGUUGUGCACUGCAGUAGACUGCAGGCUAUUAAAUGUUCUCAAUAUAAAUUCUGUCCUUCCAAAUGUAAAGAGCGGCCUCUCUUGACUCGAUUCAGAGAGUGGCAGGCAAAAUUGAUACCCAGCAAACCACUGUUAGUUUACUACUAGCGUCACUUGAAUAGAUGCCAUUCUCAACAUUAGGUUGUUGAAGCUGUAAAACACUUUGAGUUCAAAUGUCACUAUUUAUGUCUGAUGUAUUUGAAUAUAGCAUUGGCGUUAACUUUUUUUCACGUUAAACGAAUACUUUAUUUUCAAGUCAAAUUGAACUGUUUUGUGUACUAUUCAUGCCAGGGCCCAAGACUAGCAUGUGUUGAACAUAUUGUGAAUGGUAAUAAUCUUUUUUUCAAAUACCACUGUGCCAAUAUAGUUACAGGUAUUAUAUACAUGUAGUAUUCUUGUAGCUGAGUUUGAGUUUCACAGUUGAGGCGAGGUGACAUGAACUGCAUAUACUACCUGAAUGAGAAACUCCACAGAUGUCUUCUGGUGUAUUUUUUUAGUUGCAAAAUACCUCCUCAGACACAUAAACCUUGACGAGAGGGCCGGGGCACAUUUUGGAUGAGGUUACUCUAUGUUGAAUUCUCUGACAACAGAAAUGAAUGCCUCGUGCAAAGCUCUGAUUCGCUGCUAACUUGCGAGGACGUACUAGAGUCUUUUUGGUCACUUUCACGAGGAAGUUUCCUGUCAUGGUUGUUCUUUCCACUACCAUGUCCGUGUUUGCUCAGAUGUGGACUAGAGCACAACCUUGCUGCUUGUGUUUUGGCAAAGCAAAGGGGCAGCAGGGGCCAUGGCCACCCAACCCCUCCCAAAAGUGUGUGUGUAUGUUGUUUUAAUAAUGAAAGAGAUUUUUUUGUUUCAUACCCUUUCCCUUUUAAUCCGUGGUAAAUGCCCUCAAAUUCAGUCUCACCCUACAGAAAGGCCAUAAAGGGUUACAUGCGGAAAUUUCCAAAUUAUUUAACCCCUCCCCCCGCAAAAAAGAAUUGGUUCUUGGUUCGUCCCUUGUGGUAAAGUUGUCUAUUUUGAUCCCCGACUAAAUGUUUAAAAAUAUUUUUCACUCGUCUGGGUUUUGCCAUUGAAAAGCAUCAAAUCCUAGGAGUAACACGAAAUGUCAGGAGGAAUAGACACAGUAGACAUCUACAGCUCCAUAUUUUCCUAAUUUUGUGCUCGGUGCUGUGAUAGCUAGAGGUGUAACACCUUGGAUACUUUACUAAGGGGCGUACCGUGUCUUGGUGUAUUAAAAACAGACAACUAAAGGUUGUUGGGAGUUGUACAAAUUUUGAUCCAUUUUGACAAGUCUCAUAGUGCUCUGGUUUCAACUUUCAUACCUAGCCGUAAUUUUUUAUAGUGUUGGGAUUAAAUCUUUAUAUGUACAUGUAUGUGUAUGCUCAUUUCGGUCAUCUUUUACGGAGUAACGUAACUCCUAACCCGGUUGUUUGGCGUGUCGUAUGUUUACUUUAAACACUGAACCGAUAUUCUGUAAACUGGUGCAACAAUACUUUGUUUCAUUUGCCGGAUAAUAGCUUUAAGAUUGUCUUGGUUUUUAUAAUACCUGUGUUCAUAUUGUAAGUUUUGGUCGGCGGAUUCAUUGCACGGCAUUUAAAAGACAGACAUUUUCACCAAGCUUCCUUAUGGUGAACACCAUUUUUGUCCCGGUGAUACCAAGGCACCAUGACGGAAUGUGCUCAGAUCAGUUUGUUCAAUAUGUAUCUUCUGUUUUCCCCCUCUUUAUCGAAAAAAUGCAUUUAUUAUAAUUCAAGUCUGUGGAUUGAACGGUUGUAAUUCUCCCCAAAACUAAAGGGAAUUCGAAUGGUAUUUCUUAUAACCUCCGACAGUGUACUUCCACUGAUUUCUGAACUGUGUAAAUUUAAUUGACGUGUCCGAAAUAAUAUCCUGGGUUUUUUUGGGGGGGGGGGAACUUGGAAAUUCUCACCAGUUUAUUGUGUAGUUGUACACCGAGCCGUUUUGAUUGAAAUUUCAAAUUAUAUCUUGGUGAUAUCCUGACAGAAAUGCCAAAUUCAAAUUGUCACAAUAUUGCUGUCCUUGAACAAGUGUACAAAUUAUGAGCUUCAAAUAAAGAAAAAUGCAACGUUGAUGCAAGAUCUGAAGUUA